UAUUUCAGAUUUCCACACCUUCUGUCAUUACUCAUUAAUAACAAUUACUUUUAUAUAUAGUUUGUGACUGAUAAAAAAAAAGAAUGGCAUUAUUUUCAAAAUUGAAGAUAAACAGGGGUGUGAUGUGGGAGAUGAUGAAGGAAAUAAGGGAAUUAGUGAUGCUUUUUGUGGUGGCCUUGUGCUCAAAAUUAACAGCAAGUAGUGGUAAAUCGAUGUCGAUAAGGAAGUGGCAGAUGCCGGAGGACAGCUAUUGCUUGAGUUGGAGAUUAGGUGUGGAGACUAACAACAUACGUGCAUGGCGUAUUGUUCCAAAUCAGUGCUUGCGUUACGUUGAAAAUUAUAUGAUGUUGGGUCAAUAUGAACGUGAUGUUGAUCUAAUCAUUGAUCAAGUUAUGGAUUAUGUAAAUGAUGAUGUUUUUCUAUCUAAUGAUGGCUUUGAUGCUUGGAUUUUAGACGUCGAUGACACUUGUAUCUCCAAUCUCUUCUAUUACCAACGCAAACGAUUUGGGGGAGAUCCGUACGAUCCCAAGGGGUUUAAGGAAUGGGCAUUAAAAGGAGUCUGCGCAGCAAUUCCAGGUGUACUGAGAUUGUAUAGCAAGUUGAUUAAACGUGGAUUUAGAGUAUUCCUUGUGACUGGUAGAAGUGAAGUAACAUUUGGACAAAUCACCCUUUAUAAUCUACAGAGCCAGGGAUUUGUUGGCUAUGAACGUCUCAUUUGCAGGAGUGACGAGUACAAAGGAAUGAGUGCAGUGACUUAUAAAUCAGAGGUAAGAAAAAAGUUGGUAGAAGAGGGGUACAUGAUAUGGGGCAACAUAGGAGACCAGUGGAGUGAUAUUCAAGGAGAGUAUAUAGGCAAUCGAACAUUUAAACUUCCCAAUCCCAUGUACUUUGUCCCUUAAAUGUUUACCACUCGGAACUCUCUCAUUUACAUUUGUAAUAAUUAAUGAUAAUGGAAAGGGAAUGAAACUCUUUGAGUUUGAAGUCAAGUU